GUUUGCCCAGCCCGCCAGGAAUUCUCAUCAAUUGCGCACGUUCCAUUCAUGAUUCAAACUGGUGCCUCUUUUGUCACAGACUCCUGCCUUCGAUCGGACGGAGGCGAACAAGCGGGGUCCGAGACAGGGCCCGCUAACCCAGAUCUGCGCCAAAUCUUCAACGUCUGCAGGUCCGCUCCUCGGCACAAAGACAAAGUUGUUAGUAAUGGCUUGAUUCGUUAUGAUGCAUGUUCGGGUUGCGUUACCCACCGGCGGAGUCCCAUCGCUUUCUAUAAAACAUCUCGUCUCUGUCACAAUGGGUUUACAUCCGGGCCGGACUGUUAUGGCGAUAUUAACUCGGAUUCUUUCACCCCGCCAACAAUAUGAAGGGGCGCACCGAUGUGGAGAGCCCCUCGGGGUCCGACGACAACGGCAGGAUCUCGAGUCUGGAGGCCGAUGAGCUUGAGCUGGAACGGCUGGGCCGCCAAAGGCCGGACGUGUUUCCCAAUGCCGUUUACGAGGUCCUCUUUUGCAGCUCCUUGCUCGUCUCCAUGUUCAUGGCUGAAUUCUUCAUCUCGGGCUUCAACAUCAUCCUGCCCGCCGUGUCCCAUGCGCUUGAGAUCCCCAAGGCCGACCAGACGUGGCCGGCCAGCGUCUUUUCGCUCGUGACGGGCGCCUUCCUCCUCCCGCUGGGUCGCCUCGGCGACAUCUACGGCGCCUACGUCGUCUUCAACGCAGGGCUGGCCUGGUUCUCCGUCUGGUCGCUCAUCUCGGGCUUCAGCGUCAACUACAAGAUGCUCAUCGUCACGCGCGCGCUGGGCGGCCUGGGCCCGGCGGCCUUCCUGCCGACCAGCAUCAUGCUGCUGGGCAAGACGUACCGGCCCGGCCCGCGGAAGAACCUGGUCUUCAGUCUGUGGAGCGCGUUUGCGCCGAUCGGCUUUUACCUGGGCAUCAUCACGGGCGGCUGCACGGCGCAGUUCAUGUCGUGGCGCUGGUAUUUCUGGCUGGGCUGCAUCGUGACGUUUGUGUGUUCCGGCGUUUCGCUCAUCACGAUCCCGCGCGACAUGGCGCAGACGCGGAGGGAGAACCCCCACGUCAAGAUGGACUACUGGGGCACCGUGACCAUCAUCCCGGCGCUGAUCCUGACGACCUUCGCCAUCACCGACGGGGCUCAUGCGCCCGACGGCUGGCGUACGCCCUACAUCAUCGUCACCUUCGUGCUGGGCGUGCUGCUGCUCGCGGCGGCCGUCUACGUCGAGGGCUGGGUCGCCGAGCAGCCGCUGCUGCCGUUCGACAUCUUCAAGCCCAAGUACAUGGGCCGGCUGACGGUGGCCUUGUUCUUUGCCUAUGGCGUGUUUGGCGUCUAUUUGUUCUAUGCCAGUUUCCACAUCAGCGACUACAUGGGCAAAUCCACCCUCCUGACGGCCGUCUGGUUCACGCCCAUGGCGGCCGGCGGCAUGGUUAUCGCCACCGUCGGAGGUUUCACACUUCACCGGCUCCCCGGCAGGAUCCUGCUCAUCAUCUCGGCCUGCGGCUUCAUCCUCUGCGUGCUCCUCUUUGCCUUUGCGCCCCGCGACGGGAAUUACUGGGCGUACAUCUUCCCCUGCAUGAUCGGUGCCACGGUCGGCGUCGACAUCACCUUCAUCGUCAGCAACAUUUUCAUCACGAACAAUAUCGCCCGCCACAGGCAGGGCAUUGCCGGCGGGCUCAUCAACAGCCUGCUCUUCCUGGGUAUCAGCUUCUUCCUGGGUCUGGCCGACCUUGCCGUGGCCGAGGACGAGAAAAGGGGCGGCAGCCAGGGACACAAGGUGGCGUUUUGGUUCGCCACGGCGUGCGCGGCUGUGGUGCUGCUGAUCUUCGCGACCGUCCCAAUCGGCAAGGCGAAGAGCGACCUGACGGUGGAGGAGCGCAUGCAGAGGGAGAAGCAGCGAGAAAGCGAACAGGCGCGGUCAACCCCAGCGGAGGCGGUGUCGUCUGCAUAAAUAUGGUUUUGGUAUAAUCGGAUAGACUCCUCUAGAGAGAUAGACGGUUUGGAUAUAUUUAGAGCAUUCAAGACAGAUACGUAGUUGUCAACAAGCCUCCCGUUGAUUCACC